AUGGCCACUUUUGCCACGAAAAGAAAACGCGUUUUGGAUUCAGUAUUCAAAAAGCCCGAGAUUUCAGAACCUACCCCAGUCGCAACGCCAACCGGUAGCUUUACAACACCAAGCCAACCAUUUGGAGAAUCACAAGGCUUUAGUAAUGGACCGAAAACACCUGCUUCAAAUACGAGGAGCUCGCAGCAGCUCAGAGGGCAUAAUCGGGAUUCGUCUGUAGCCCAAGUUCGGGAUCAAAUCCAAUGGGAUAGAUCUUGGCAUACUGUUACUUAUCGUCUCCAACUUCCGGAUGUACCGUUAGACCCGGGUUCUAUCGAGACUCUGAGACCUCUGUCGAUACCAUCUGAUCCAUCCUUUGACGAAGCCUUAAAGGAUGUCCUGAAUCCCAUCAACCGCCUCCCAUUUGCAUUGCAUACGGAUGAUCUCCUUGUUUGGCAUACCCAACAAGUCCGUAGGCAUCUUCUGCAUCAAAUCUUGCCGGUAUUGGGACUCUGCACUGAUGAAGAGGGUCCUCAACCUUUGAUUUAUGGCAGUGUAAAUAUAUUGGAAUUUGCUCAUCGUAUGUAUUUGCAUGGCUUGUCAGUCAUCCUCAAACAAGUUGAGCUUUUUACUCCGGGGCUCUCACGUGUGGUUUUGGAGAAAUUCCGACGGGAUCUACAUGCCAUCAUAACAAAUUCUCUCACGGAUCAAUUCAUUGCAGCAUUAAGGACUGUUCUCGAUAAUUAUGUUUCUUCUAUCCUUGGAUUGCAGGGCGGAAAGGGAUCUGGUAUUGCACCUAUUGAUGCGAGGACGGAUAAAGUUUGCAACGAAAUGCUCAACCUUGUGGAGUCUCUAAACAAAGUUGGUCUGGCCGGAGAAAAGUUCGAGGUGAUUUUUGCCGAAAUCAUGAACCAAUCUAUGACUGAUUAUGUCAAUCGAGGUUGCAAAGGACUGUGGUCUGCAAAUGAAAUAAGUGUGACCCCCCAAGACGGCGAAAGAAGAAAUUCCGUACUUCCACGAACGGCACAUCACGUAUCACCUUCCAAUUGUGUUACUGAUCUUUGCGGAUGGAUUGAAGAUCGGUAUUCUAAACUCGCCGUCCUGGUCUUUAAGGUCAUCGACAAUGUUGAAGUAGCUUGGAGCGAUAUGGAAAAGUGGAAGGAAAUGAGCAUUGGCCGUCUCGCAGCACUUAGGACGAAUGAGUUAUUUGAUAUUGUUGUGAAUUGGCCAAAUAGUAAUGGAGCAUUGCACGACCUUCGAACAACAAUUACCACACCUCAAAGACGAUUACAUUUGACAGAAGCUUUUGCAGCCACUUUGAAAGAGAGGCUGCUUCAUCCAGGGGCUUCUACACUUUUAAUUCUACAGACCUACAUCUCAAUGAUUUGGUCAUUUCAUUCGCUUGAUCACUCAAAAGUGCUCUUGGAUCGUGUAGCAUAUCCGUUACAGGUAUAUCUUUGCUCACGAGAAGAUACGGUCCGAAUAAUAAUCGCAGGAUUACUUUCGGACACUGAAGACGCGCAAGGAAACCCUAUAGAAUCUAGCGGAGAUAGACUCGUUGAGCUAGCUCAUUUACUCAACAAUGAUUCGGAGCAGUCUGGACAGAAAAUUGACGACGAAGAAUUAGAUUGGCAUGACAUGGAGUGGGUACCUGAUCCUGUAGAUGCAGGACCAGGAUACAAGAGGUCUAAAAAUGCUGAUAUCAUUGGAACAUUAAUCGGGGUUUUCGGAUCUCAAGAUGUUUUUAUCAAAGAGUUCCAAAAUAUCAUUAGUGAAAACCUUCUGAGGAACGACGGAGCUUUCGAAAAAGAGAUCAAAGUUCUCGAACUGCUUAAAUCCCGCUUCGGGGAAGCGCCACUCCAAAGCUGUGAAGUAAUGCUAAAAGAUAUUCUCGAUUCCGUUCGCCUUGACCAAGCCAUCCACAAAACCCAAAAUCUUAGCAUCGCAGAAAAGAAAGUCAUGCCUCCCCCAUCAACUCACCCAACUCUCCAUACCAAAAUUCUCUCCCGUCUCUUCUGGCCUCCCCUCCAAGAAUCCACCUUUACUCUCCCUCCUCAAAUUGCCAACCUCCAAUCAGACUACUCCACCGCCUUUUCCUCCCUCAAACCUUCCAGAAAACUCACCUGGCUCCCCGCACUCGGCCACACGACCGUGGAGCUCGAACUAGCCGACCGCACCGUGGUCGAAGAAUGCACGACCUGGCAAGCCACCGUAAUCUCCUGUUUCCACAGCGCAACCACGCAUCUCCAUCCCGAGGAGGAAGAAGUCUCCGCGCAAAAAAGCAUCGAAGAACUCACCGCCGCGCUGGACAUGGACCCCGCGCUCAUCUCCUCGGCCCUCAAAUUCUGGGUCGCAAAAUUCGUGCUCCAGGAAUCUCCGCCGAAAUCCCAAGUGUACUCCGUGCUCGAAACGCUCAAUGCGUCGGAUCGUGCGCGUUCGGAUGCCCUUGCUUCGGCCCCCGUCGGUGCGGAUCUUGCUGAUGAGGAUGGAGAGGGUGGAAAGGAGGACAAAGGUAUCGUGGGUGAAAAUGCAAAGGUGUAUUGGCAGUUUGUGCAGAGCAUGUUGACGAAUAGCUCGAGCCAGAUGGGCGCCCCGCAGAUUGCAAUGAUGUUGAAGAUGUUGAUUGCAGAGGGAUUUCCAUAUAGUAAUGAAGAGUUGUUGGAGUGGCUGGGUGAAAAGGUAGAGGAGGGCGUGUUGGAGUGCAUCGGGGGCAGGUAUCGCUUGAAGAAGUAG